AACAGGCAAGCACCCCAGUUCAGCGCCGUCGUUGGUCUAGGAAAGGUGCACUUUUUCGCUUUGUCCAAGGCACAAGCAGUUCAUAAUUCGCGCUCGCGCAUCGCAAUUUGGCUUGCACUUCCCAACACCACGAGUCCCCGUUGCAAUGGAGAAGGGUUCCGAUUCGAUAAACGGACAAAUUAGAUUCGCGAACAUUACCCAUUAGCAUCGUGCGGCGUUGCUAUCGAGUGAAGAAUAGGCAGUUUGAAACAGCCAGUCGAGAACAAUGUUGACUUCGAUUCGGUCCAGUUGAUCUCUCCCGCCUGCUAGUUGUUUUUUUUUUUUUUUAAAUCGCUCAUUAUCACAGCCACCCGGCAGAACACAACAAGCCACCGACCGGCUCUUGUUGAGUCAGAACGAAAGAAGACUUGCUCCUACCUGGUGGUAAACUCGCUUUCUCCUGUGUGCCUGAUAUAGUGAUAAGGCAGUGGGUACAAGUGAAGUGGAAGAACUGUUUGUCUAUUGUUGUGUGUGAUCGCUUCUCAACGAGAUGUCAUCGCUUAUGGACAAAAGCAAGCUACCGGUGCUGGAAAGCCGAUCGAAAAUGUUCCUCCGGAGUAACUCGUUCCAGAAGCUGUGCUCGCUGGCGCAUCCCAUGAGGCUGAAAGGUUUUAAAUCCAACCGGGAAGCCCUAAAGUCGGUUUUUGAAUCGCUCAUCGUCACGACGCGUGGCGUCUUCCAGUCGGUCACGUACAGAAUCCUGUGCUUUCUGUUUCUGACGCCGUUCAGCAAGCUGGUUAGCGCUCCGCUCGCUGCCGCAGUUUCAACCGGCAAGGAUGGUCGACUCAGCACUGUCAGGCUAAUCCUUAAACUGACACUGUCUAUGAUCGUUUCCACCGAAAAGGCUGAAGUAGAAUGCGAUAAGGGCCGAUUUGUCCAUUCCGCUGUAGAUGAGAUAUCAGAACAACCAGCCAAAUGCGUGGACACGGCUGUCCAAACGGAGCCCCCGAAAGCAACCGAGCCGCGGGAAAUUGUGGAACAGUUUUUCGACUGCAAAGAAGAUUCCAAUGUCACACCUUCGAAACCAUCAUCGCAAGAACUGUUACUCAGAUUACUGGAAAGUUCACCUCCGUCAGACAGCAGCAGCAGCAGCAGCAGCCGAAGCCGAAGCAAACAGCUUUCCCUCCAAGUGAUCGUGUACGGCUGUGUGCUCUACUGUUUCGCCCAGUUAUCAGUCCUUGCCUACUUACUGAACGUGGCGACGAGGAUUCCUCCCGGACUGGUGUUUCUUAUUUCGUCAGUCGCCUAUAUCGGAUACGUGAUGAUGAGGAUCGUGUUCAACCAAUGCUCCCCAAAAGGGACGGAUCUCGUGAGCACGAAACCCCCCUCGAUGACGGUUGCCCUGGUGAAAGUAACCCGGAAAGCGCCUACUCAACCAAAAGGAAUCCAUCCCCUUCUGGCAGCGGUGAGCAAACAAGUGGCCUCGGUGAUGCAAAGCAGGAAGAUGAUGAUGAUGAUGGUCCCAGUCACCAGUCCGGGGUCAACGAGGACGAGCCGCUGCGACAUGGUGCCCAGGAGCAGAAGCAGGACUGCUGUUCCGCCCAUGCUCGACAAUAAGACCAUCAGUAAAGUGAAGCUCUUCUAGCGAGGGGCUGGAGGAAGAUUGGAACCGAAAAUGCUAACAAGGCUCGCGAUGGGCGACACUUUCAAUGCCAAAAAGUACAGAAGAUAGGCACCUCUAUCCAAACAGCCAUCAUUUUAUAACACGAGCCAAACAUGAAACCAAUAUUGCAGCAUAUAUGAGAGCGGUUGUUUUGCCACAGGACGACGAUGGCGGCAUUAGAGUCCCGAAUGAAGCAACGGUGGGGUAGUGUAAUUCAGUGGAAAAAAUUGUCAUGUAGAAAAUAAUAUCAUAAAUCGAAACCAACCCCGCGCAGCCACCUCUCGCCCAACCAACUGAUUGGAUGCACGUUUGUUGAAUGAAAAAUGUUUAAAACACAAAAUCUCACACCAUGCAUGCCAGGGGGAGGGGGAGGUCCGGGAUAGGGGCGCUGCACUUUCCAACCACAUAGUAGGCUGAGACUGAGACAAUGUAAAUCGAUUGAAUUGGUAUGCUGUUCGGCGUAGUGUUCGUUCUUUUUUGUUUUGCUUUUGUUUAUUUUGAAUUGUCAUUUUUAUUGUCAACAUGUUUCAACGAUCCCAGAUCGGAACGGAUCGGAUGUCAGCAAUUUGGAUGAAUGGUUUAACAUUUGUAGAGCAUGGUAAAUUAUUGUUAUUGUCGAUGGUUCAGUGGAAUCACAAACAAGGAUAAAUAUACAUACGUAAAUGUCUGAGGUGCAUGAUUAGAAGACUUAUACUAGACCUUAUUUGUCGAAUAUUGUAAAUUAAUUAUUGAUCACGUGGUAUGGUUGAUAAAUAUAAACUAUUGUUGUAAGUGA